AUGAAAAAAUCAAUAAGUACUUCUUCAUAUAGUGGCUAUAAAUUGAAUAACGAUUCAACAAGAAUUGAGUCUUUUCCAGAUUCAACAAGAGUGUUGUAGAUGAAUAUUAGUCAUUAUGAGGACACGUUGUCUCAAGAAGUAUUUAUUUCCACAGCUUAUGAACAUAUAAGAGAAGUCAGAGAUUUAAUUGCAAGCUCCAGAUCGAACAUGAAACCAUUGAGGGAAUCAAUAGGCCAAUUAAGAUAUUAGAUACAGACUAUUGAGCAUUAAUAAAAGAAAGAAUAAAUUAAUUUAGAAUAUGAUAUCAGUUUGAGAAUACAUAAAUUAAAAUAGAAAAUAAAUUAAUUUGAGGUUGUUUAAACUGGGGAGUUUGCCAUACUCCAAGAUUAAAUAUAGAAACUGUAACAUGAUGAUUAAGAAAUAAUUCAGGAUAUAGAUACUUUGGAAUUGAGAAUAAUAGGCUUAGCUCCCCAGAUUGGAAUUGUGAUAAUAACAAAAAAGCAAUUUUGUUAAUACUAUAUUUUUUUGUUAGUAAAUUAAUUUAUUGAUAAUUAAUCAAUUAGUAACAUGAUAAUAAAAUUAUCAAUUCUAAUUCUAAUAGUUCUAAACCAACUUGAGUCUUUGAAUAAUAUUAUAGUAUUUCAAACUAAAAUGUUUUAUAGUUGGUAAGAAUUAUAAUUCAAAUUAAAUUAAUAUUAAAAUCCAGUCGUUAUGAGAUCUCCAUCUCUAUUUUCACCAUCUAAACAAUAAAGAUAUGAAAAGCAAAAUGGGUCUUUUCAGACAUUUUCAACAACUAAUUAAGUGAACAAGACUUAAUUGGCUGAUUUUCGAAAAGAAAUACGCAACAACAUUAGUUAAAGAGAGCCAUUCGUUCCACAAUAGGAGAAGAAGCCAAUUCUAUUAACUAAUUGGAAGAAACAUGAAAGAAAAAAUACGUAAUUUUUUCAAAUUAUUUACAGCGAAGGUAAUGUGGCCAAAUAUAUGGCUAGGUCAUCUCCAAAGAAAAGUCUACCAGGAGGAUUAAAUAUGGAAGAAAUCUUCAAUACUCAAAAGAAAUAUAUUGAUUAGAAUUAGUCAUAAACUACGUUUUAUUAUUAGCAAUAAAGAAAGGUGGAUUAGUUAUUUAAAAAGGAAUAAAAUGAUUCUUUUAGUAGAUAAGACAACUCAUUCUCUAAUAUAUUGAAACCAAAAAGAUAAUCCUAAGCGCUUUUGUCAAGAUAAACAGGAAGAGAUUAAUCACCAAUUAAUUUAGAAAGAUUUAGAAGUUGGGAUACAAAGUUAGAUCUUCAAUUAAAGCAAUUAAACAAUUCUAAAGAUAUUAGCUUUUAUAAAUACUCUUAAUAACCUUAAAAAGAGAAUUUUUAUGAGACUAGUAAACCACUCUAGACUAAGGAUAUAUUUAAUGUUAAUAAAAAUGCAAAUAAUUUUAAUAAGUUUUUAAAGAAUUCAUCUCCACCUAAAUUCAUUGAAAAAAUCCCCUUAACAGAUAUAGUUAAAAUUCAGUCAUAUUUCUCACAACUGCCCACAGCAGAAAUUACUACAAUUCCAAGAGGCUAUUUAUAAGAGUUAUAGAAUUUAUAAUAAACGUUGGCUAGAGUAGUCAAAUAGUCAUCCUAAAUUAUUUGA